AUGGAAUCUGUAACAUAUGCUACUGCAGUUAGUACAUUACACAAUCAAUGUAAUGUUAAUGUUAGUAGGGAAAAUAUACAAUUGCGACUUAAGACUUGGGAUAAACAUUAUGCUGUUAUAAGUGCUAUGCUUGGUACGAGUGGAUUUGUAUGGGAUUGGGAUAGAAAAGUGGUGAAAGUGGAUAGUGAAGAAGUUUGGACAACUUAUGUUAAGGCACACCCAGAUGCGAGUCAUUAUAGAAGUAAAAUUAUUGAGAAUUGGGAAGAUUUGUCCAUUAUUUGUGGACAAGAUAAAGCUAAUGGAAGUGGAGAUGAAACGGCUGAUGAAGGCGCAAGAGCUAUUGUAGAACGACCUUCUAAAAGAACUCGUCAUAAUGAUAUGGCCACUGCAAUAUCCAAGAUGGCUGACGUGGUUGGUAAGACAAACAAUGUUGAAAAGACAAGUGCUCAACAAGUUUUUGAUGAACUAUCAAAAAUUUCAGACUUAAAGGAGACACAAUUUCUACAAGUUGUUGAUGUACUCAAAACAAACGAGAGGAAGUAA